AAUUGCAAGAUGGCGGAGAGUGCGGAACUGAAGCAAAUGGUGAUGAGUCUCCGUGUCUCAGAGCUGCAGGUUCUGCUGGGAUAUGCCGGGCGAAACAAGCACGGGCGCAAACAUGAGCUUCUCACCAAGGCCCUGCAGCUGCUCAAGGCUGGCUGCAGCCCCGCCAUCUGCAUGAAGGUCAAGGAGCUGUACCGCCGACGCUUCCCCACCAAAAUGGUCCCCCCCACGGAGAUGACCCUGCCUGGACCACACCACCCGGCCUCUGGGGGGCUGGUCAGUGGAGGGGGCGCCGUGCUUCCUGCUGGACUCACCCAGCUGGCAUAUGAGGGCCACGCGGGGGCGCCCUCACCGACAGCGCUGCUGCCUCUAUCUCUGCUGGGGCCUGGAAAGCACGAGCUGAGCUCACUCACAGCGUCAGGACACCACCUGGGGUCGGCAGCAGCAGCCACGCUGCACCCUGUGCACCCUGACGUCAAGCUGCAAAAGCUGCCCUUCUACGACAUGCUGGAUGAGCUGAUUAAGCCCACCAGUAUAGCAUCGGACAACAGCCAGCGUUUUCAGGAAACGUGUUUUGCAUUUGCAUUAACACCACAGCAAGUCCAGCAGAUCAGCAGCUCAAUGGACAACUCGGGGACCAAAUGUGACUUCUCAGUUCAAGUACAGUUAAGGUUUUGUCUGUCAGAGACUAGUUGUCCUCAGGAAGAUCACUUUCCACCCAGCCUGUGUGUGAAAGUGAACGGGAAGCCGUGUAACCUCCCGGGCUAUCUUCCUCCUACCAAAAAUGGUGUGGAGCCCAAAAGGCCCAGCCGGCCCAUCAACAUCACCUCACUGGUCCGAUUGUCCACCACGGUCCCUAACACCAUUCUGGUAUCAUGGACGGCUGAGAUCGGCCGGAGCUACUCCAUGGCGGUCUACCUGGUCAAGCAGCAGACGUCCACAGUGCUGCUACAGAGACUACGCUCCAAAGGAAUCAGAAACCCAGACCACUCCAGAGCCCUCAUCAAAGAGAAGUUGACAGCAGACCCAGACAGUGAGAUCGCUACCACUAGUCUACGUGUGUCGUUACUUUGCCCGCUGGGAAAGAUGCGCCUAACGAUCCCAUGCAGGGCGCUGACGUGCUCCCACCUGCAGUGCUUUGACGCCACUCUUUACAUCCAGAUGAAUGAGAAGAAGCCCACCUGGGUGUGUCCCGUGUGUGACAAGAAGGCCCCAUACCAGCACCUCAUCAUCGACGGGUUAUUCAUGGAGAUUCUCAACACCUGUAUAGACUGUGACGAUAUCCAGUUUAAGGAGGAUGGCAACUGGGCCCCCAUGAGGUCAAAGAGGGAAGUGCAAGAAGUGUCCUCAGCUCCAUGUAACGGUGUGGAAGGCUCUUGUCGGACUCCAGCCGGGGGAGAACACAGUGUGGUGUCCCACAGCACCAGUGACGGUGCUCACAGGAGGCAGGUGGAGGUGAUUGACCUGACCCUGGACAGCUCCUCCUCUGAGGAGAGUGAAGACCAGCCUCCCCCACCCAAGAGGGUCUGCCCAUCCCUGUCGCCCACCUCGCCACCCCCCAUCAGCAAUGGAGUGUUGAACCUGCACCACCAAGCAUCCCCAGUGAGCCGUACCCCCAGCAUGCAGGCGGUAGACAGCAGCUACAUCCCUCCAGUACCACCCCUCAUCCAGGACUACCGGCAGUACUACACACCCAACGACCUGUCGGCAGAUCUGAAUUUCUUCUCCUUCCUGCAAGGUGACAAUCAGCAUUACAACAUGGUGAUGGCGGCAGCGGCGGCCGCCUCAGCAUCAGAUGACCAUGAGCUGCUCCUCAACCGAUUCCUGCCAUUCGGCUCCUCCUCCUCACAGCUGUUCCUGGACCAAUCGAGCGUCGCUUCCGCCAGCUCGGUGCCCCUGGUCACUCAUGGCAGCAGCAGCUCAAGCAGCAGUAGCAGCAGCCUGGUGUCCUCCAGCAGCCUCAGAGACAGCACGCUCCCCCACAGCAGCCUCAGAGACAGCACGCUCCCCCACAGCAGCCACAGAGACAGCACGCUCCCCCACAGCAGCCACAGAGACAGCACGCUCCCCCACAGCAGCCUCAGAGACAGCACGCUCCCCCACAGCAGCCUCAGAGACAGCACGCUCCCCCUAAGCAGCCUCAGAGACAGCAUGCUCCCCCACAGCAGCCUCAGAGACAGCACGCUCCCCCUAAGCAGCCUCAGAGACAGCAUGCUCCCCCACAGCAGCCUCAGAGACAGCACGCUCCCCCUAAGCAGCCUCAGAGACAGCACGCUCCCCCUAAGCAGCCUCAGAGACAGCAUGCUCCCCCACAGCAGCAGCAGCACACACUUGCACACACACUCUGGCGUAAUGGGCAGGACCAGCUCCGAAGUGGCGGCCACAGCCAUGUACGGCAUCAUGCCCGAUGUCAUAUCGCUUGACUGACCACUGUAGACUGAAGCAACCUGUUCUACAACAGCGGUCAGCGAUCAUGAGAUUAUUUUUGUGACUAAGCUGCUGGACUGAUAUGAGCUUUAAGAGCUGUCAGGGUAAAUGUUGUGGAGGACCCUUUACCUGACCCCCGAUUGACCUGGAAACAGUUCUGCAGUUUGUUUCAAACACCAAGUGGCUAGAUUGGCCACAAAUCAAUUAAUUGUCUGAGGUCUGUGGCUUGGUCACUGAACUCAGUAUGACUGAAGUGCUACACUGGUACCAUUUUGGCAAGAACUGCCUCGAGCUGAAAAAAGGAAUUUUUAUAUGAAAAUUGACGUUGUGUAAAGAGAACUAAAUCUAUUUUCCUCUUUUACUUUUGUACAUUAACUAAAGACUUUCUCCUGUCCAAAAGAGUUACUUCAAUGGACAUUUUGAAGUGGACGCCAAAGCUUUUUUUGGUUUACACCGCAUUAUAAAAUGUUCAUUGCUUGCAAAUCACAGCAUUUUUUAUAUGUUUAUUUUCCUUUCAACGGAUUCCAUUUCUAAUGUAAUCCUUGUCACACGCAUCCAUGAUAUUACUUUUCUCUGCAUCUGUGUUAUUACUCUCAAAUGUGAUUCACAAACCUGACACUGUCCUCCAUCUAAGGAAAGGUAGAUCCAAAAGACCUUAAGAUAGUUUGGAUGGUUCCAAUGAACAAAUUUACUCUCCAAAGUGGAUCUCUAUACAUCUGUUCCUGUACCUAUUAUUUUUAUUAUUCAUAUAACUUAUCUAACACAAUGUAUAAACUAUUAAAUGCAUUCACGGGGCCUUCAGGUUAUGUGACAGGGAAAGUGUAUAGAUUAAACCUUUUUUUCAAAGAGCUGAAGAAGUUAAUGGAAGUUUAAGGUGUGAUCGUGAGGGUGUGAUUGAUUGAUUUAGAUACAUCUUCUCAAUCCUCAACCAUCUCAAUAGGAACUAAAAGGCUGUCUUAGUCUUAUCAGUAUUUCAACUUGAAUGACCGUAAACCUUUUUCUGAAAAUAUCUGUCCUCUGAUAUUUAGGCUCUUUUAGUUUUUCAGGACAACUUAUAAUUUGGCUACUUUUACUUUGAGCCUUUUCAGUCUCUAUUUAUUUUGCUAACCCCUGCUUUAGCAAAAUGCCAAAAAAAACUGACUACGUAUGGAAACUCAGUGCAGGUUAAUCUGUAUGGGACAAUGUGACAUUGCUUUCAGUCAAGUAUUUUCAAAUUCUUUGUUGAGUCUCUGCCACCAAUUUAACUCUUGUCCAAUUAUUUUAGUGCAAGUUUUUCAGAAAUUAAAUGACUGUUCAAAUAUAAUCUAACUACCAUUGGUGAAGAUAAGCUUUGGAAGAGAGACUUGAUUUUCAAUAUUGGAUGUAGCAGUAAGAUAUGAUAAAGAACCCCAUUUGUUUUACAGCCCUUCACAUAUCUUUCCUUUUAAUAACGGAACACAACAACUUGACCCGCAUGUUAGGUUUAGGUGUCUUUAGAUUGUCUCUAGAUUUACCCUACUGCCACCAUUGGUGAUGUGAGGUGAACAAUAUAAAGUUAGGGAUCCCAUGAGGACAGUUGCUUCUAGGGCGGGAAGUUUUCUCUCCCCCCCCUCUCCCUCUCUCUCUCUCUCUCUCUCUCUCUCUCUGUAUCUCUCUCACUCUCUGUGUCUCUCUGAUGAAUUUAAAGUGAAACAUUAUAUGUCAGACAGCUGCUUAUAUAAACAUGGACCAUUCUUGCCAAAGUUAAACAACAGCUGUGUUAGCUGUUUUGAAUUUUAGCAUUUUUCAGUAACAUGUGGUUGCAGAGAGUCAGGUAUCAGUACAGCACUGAGAAUAGAAAGCACAGGGUUUGCUUCAGAUGUGGGGAUGACUGAAGACUUUCCAAAGUAUUUUUCCCUGUCGUUGCUCCAAGGCCUUAAAGGUAGACACAAUCUUUUGAAAUCCAGCACAAUGUGCAGGAUGUAUCCAAGUAGCUUUCUGCUCCUUCCCCAUUGGGUGUAUGGUACAUACUAACCAAUGAAUACAGAAUACAGAGGUAUUCCUAUACAGCUUUGUUAUUGUUCAUGCAAAAGCACCCUGAAGUCCCAUCUCCCUCUGCAAAUAAUAGAUAAAGAACAGCCAUUUUCCAUCUAACUUUGUCUCUGUCUGACACACACAUACACACACACACUCUUAGUUGACACUUCAGCUCUAGAAUAUUGGCUCUCUACAUGACCAUAUGCUGUAUUUUACCAUGUUGUGCAGUAUUUUUAUUUAUUUUGUAAUUUAUAUAUGUAUAUAAUAUAUUUUUACACUUUGUUGAUACACAUGGAUAUGUAAAAGAGAAAAAAAGCGUUUCAAAGUUUGUCGUUUAUUUAGUUGUGUUUGGACAGUGCUGUACUGUCAAUUGUAGCUUUUAUCAUUCACAUACAUCAAUUUAUAUUUAUGUGUAUUGCAACAGUUAUCUGGCUUUUUCAUAAUGUCCCUGGUACUCAACCAAUGAUGGGACACAAUGUUUGCAGUAAGCCUACAAUUUGAAAGAAACGGAUCGCUUAAAUGAACGUAUUUAUUUGAACGUAUUCACUGGUCUCAGAAAAGUCCUACAUUAAUUGCACAACAAUAUACCUAUUUACCUUUACUUUGUCAAAGAGCAAGACCUCGCUGAAUGUAUCCCCAUUAGAACUUUUUUAUUUACUGUAUGCAUGGUAUAACACCCCCCCCCCCCCCAAACCCAAAUAGGAUUAAGUGGAGAGCUGGUGUCACGAGUAACCAUAACAAUGUAUUUGAAUACCCCCUGAAAAGUGAAUGAACAUGUUGCUGCUCAUGAUUUAAGACAGUAUGACUGUUCUGUGUUAGAAAAAGGGAAAUGUUAUAAUGUCUUGUUUGAAUUUCUAAACAUUUAAACCAUUUUGGAGAAAAAAGAAUUGUGCAAAAGUGGAAAUUGAAUGUUUUACUGUCUUGUAUCCAAAAAUGAGAGAAUUUAUUGAAAAUGGUGUUGGUCUACUUUAAAGGGAGUCUACUUUAAAAGUCUUUAAAAAUGAACUAACUUAAUCUAAACUCAGAUUAGUAUUCACUCACUGCCUUAACUUCACAGAUUCAGUUUUCAUGUCUCCCUUGUAAGAGAAAGAAAAGGCUUUUCUAGACAAGGAAAAUACUUGUAGGACCAAUGCCAGUUCGUGUCAGCGCAGGCAAUACACUGACAAGUUGUAUAAAGUACUGAGUUAAUAUUUAUUACUUGCAUUGGAUGACGUUGUUUACUUAUUGAAUGUUAUCUGUUCAUGUAGGGAAAUCUAAAUGUAAUAAAAAAAACACAUUUAGUUUA